AUGCCUCAGCCAGGAAUGGAAAUUGACACUGGGUGCAGCAGUCCAGAGGAACCACCAAAGCAGAACAGUAGUGCUGUUGGUAAUCGCCAUCUCCUAAAGACAAUCAAGAGCCUUGGCAGAACCACACCUGACUUUAACCAUGUAGAGAGUCGGAAGCUGACACAGCUGCUGCAGUGUGUUCUUGGAGCUUGGAAGCAAGGUCAGGCUGAGGGAAUGCUAGAUGCCCUGGUGGAAAAAGCUAAAGAGGUAGAAGAAAGCCUAAAUGAGACACAAGGACUCUGGCAAGAAGGUAGUCAGGUAGGGAGCCAGGGAGGGGAUCAAGAUGAGGACAGCCAAUCAAAUACAUCUGAGGACUGGAAUAGUGACUGA